AGAAAAGUAGGGGAGGGCCCAGGCGGGGAUCGGCAACGGCGGUGGCGUUCUCCAGGCAAAAGAGCCGUGGUCGUUUCACGUACGUACUCGCGGCGGGAAUGGUAGUGACGGAGAGGAACGUAGCACCGUGUGGUCACUAGGGCCAGCGAGCGAUCGUCGAUGCCACAUCGACCCGCGGUACCGAACCGAGAGCAUCGGUUCAACGAAUCGCUUCUCCCACAACGUUACGCGUCGGACACGCGAUUAUUGUCACUUUACUGCACCGAUAUACACACUAGUUAGCUAGUCGAAACGACGUCAAAACAAGAAGACACAGUGAUAGAUAGAGAGGUGAAACGAGGGGAACGGUGAGACAAGAAACGUAUCCCAAGGUACACAUACACAGACAGAGGACAAAGUCUCUUCAGGGACGAAGAGAAACGAGUUUGCAAACGGGGCCGGUCACGGGUGUGUUAGAGCGUUCAGUCUGGCCGGAGAGAUCGCCGCGAGACGCGUAUCACCGACCCGCCGUGACACGAAGUAAACACGAAAUUUCGGACAGUUUUUGGUUAAUUUGUUUGUUUUUUUUUUUAAUUGUUCCCUCGGGUUCGUGGUGCGCGCGUGUUUUCGUAUGCGAAAUUACGGUGGUGACGGGUUGUGUGAUUGAAACAUCGUGAAUAUGACUAUACGUAAAAAGAGUGGUGGAACGAGGGUGACGAGCAAAGGGACAACGGGUAAAGAAAUGGCCACUUCGUCGUCGAACUCGACGGACAUGACCACCGUCGAGACAGUUGAAGUGGUGUCCUCGACUAGCGUGGUAGAGGAGGCGAGGCAGAUCGUCGAGAGCGAGUCCAGGAGCAGCAUGACCGAGGUGACCAGCGCCAGUCGGGAGGUCAUCAUGGAUUCCAAGGGUAACGUGAUCAAGGUCAUCGAGACACCUCCGGAAACUGUCGGUCAGAGUUCGUCUACGUAUAAAAUGGGGAAGAGUUCGGAGGAUUUUAUAGCCGCGGAACAGACACAAACCGUUAAACAAGGAAAACCGAUAAGGGACGGUCCACGAAACACAAAGGAGAUCGAGAUCCAUUCGGACCGUCUCCGAGGCGAGACUUCCGGGCAAACGUGUAGAUCCUCUGAAACACAAUGUCACAGUGAAUCUCGAGCGGAGACUGUUCAAAAGUCUGUUUCAUCGACCACGGUUUUAGAGACUUCGUCGUCGAUGGAGGAUUAUCACGAUCACCUCUCGAAGACAACGAUCUCCAACGGAGAGCAAAAGCCACAGGUGCAGACCUCGUCGAAGUCGUUCGAGAGUCGAUUAGCGACCGAGGAGACGCACGAAGAGAGGACAAAGGAUGGCCAGACGGUCUCAAGUACGACGAGAAUCCGUGAAACAGGCGAGAAACACGAUGACAAUGGCCAUACGACGGCCUCGAAGAGCCGCAGCGUCGACAACGAGACCACGGUCGUGCCCUCGGACCUGGGUCAUCCAGUUAAACACACGGAUGACGUCAUACGACCGAGUAACAAGGUCGUCCACGAUUCAUCCACUGCGAGUGAAAGCACAACGAAAGAAAUUGUCACCCGUUGCAGCAAGCCCGGCCAGUCUACGUGGGACGGCACGUUUAUUAGCGAAAGUACGCGACCGGUUAAGGACAGAAGCAUCGCGAGAAACGUCGAGACGUCACGGGGAGAUCGGGACAGCACCGGUCUCGACGUGGCGAAAGUAGAUCGUCUGGUUUCCAAAGCUGGCGCCCAGGAGACCACCGAGUCGAGCGUUCAUGUCUCCGAGUACAGUUCCGUCAUCGAUCAGCGUGUAUCGUCGACUGUGAUCCACGACACGAAGAUUAUAAUCGACGAGGGAAGAACAGGCAGCGUUCAGAGCUACGAUCGCGACACGAUGACCCGUGAUACCAUUGAUUUCGCGGAUGGACAGAAGCUGGUUACUGUCGAAUCGCCCCAAAAGGGUUCGACCAGGCAUUCGAGGCCUGGAGAAUCAGCGUGGGACGGUACCUUUGUCACCGAGAAGCAUCAAGAGCCUAGAAAACGAAAUGUCUCCGAUGCUUCGGUCUUCCAGCAUCCCGGAGAUAAUGUUAUACAGUCGACUCAGAGGACGGAUUUCGCAGAGAAAAGUACCGAUGGAUCCUACGAGAAAAAAUCCUCGAAUAUAGUCCACGUUGUUCAAGGAGCCACAGACUCUUCGAGGUUCAUAUCCGAGGAACGCAGGGACGUCACAGAGGAGGUUUACAUCGACGGGAAACCGAUUGGUAGAGACGUCUCGAAGGAUAGAUCGCCGUCGAGAAGAGUCACGAGACCCGGAGACUCCUCCUGGAACGGUCAGUUCGUCUAUGAGAAGCCACAAGACGGCGCCAAGAGGUCGCCCAUGGAUAAGACUGUCGUCAAAAGGAGCGAUAAACGACACGAUUCCGUGGACGUCCAAGACAUCACGGAAGAUGAGAAGGUGAAGAACGUCGAAAAGGUGACUGCCGUUUCAGAGGCGAUCAUCGAAGAGGAUACAGGAGAAAAUGAGUCUCGACAGAGAACGAUCAAACCAGACUCGACCACGAGGAGUUACAGACCUGGCCAGUCGACCUGGGACGGUAGCUUUGUUCACGAGAAACCUCAGCCGCCUGAUCGUCGUCGUAAGGACACCAGGCGGCCAACCGACUCAGUCAUCAUCCGCGACGUCACGGAGGACAACUCGAUAAACGAGGCGGAAAUCUCGACGGCUGCCUACGUUGUCGAACAUUCGUCCAGUCAGCAGAGCUUCACCGAUGUCAAGGACUCCAGUCUGUCUUCUGUUCAUGAUAUCGUUUACGACGUUCAUCCAACACGACAGGAUGUAUCGUCCAGUCGGCCAGGAAGUCCCGAGAAAACCCCUAAAGGAAAGGACACUAGGCUCACGAAACCUGGAUCAUCCACCUGGGACGGAACCUUCGUCACGGAGAAACCAUCCGAUGAGAAGAGACCUCCUAGCAGGGAGUCUGUUAAAGAGAAUUUAGUCGAUACAGUUCAGCCAGAGAGUCCUCUAUCGAAACCCAAGAAACAUAUUAGUGAUACAACAUUGGAUAUCAACGAUACUCAGGUGUCCAGCACGUCGGAGAUGUUCAGCAACUCGAUCGUCAUGGAACAAUCGACUGUGCACGAGAGCUACUCGGAUUCGUCGAACCUGGACUUCUCUUCUAGUUCCAUGGAGACUGUCAUUACCCGUAAUGGGGUGCCAACGACCAUUCAGAAGAGUGUGACGAUCGAGGAGGGAGCCAAGAGCCCUGACAAGAAGCCUCUGGAACCGAAAAGUCAACGACCCAAACCGGAAGACCUGAAGUCAACGGAGAAACGUCCCAAAAGUCCUGAGAAGACUGAUAGAUCUGUUCGUCCUACCAAGCCAGGUGCUUCCACCUGGGACGGUUCGUUCGUGUACGAAAAAUCUGCGGAGAAACCAAGUGAUAAGACGCCCACCGAUGCCUCCCGUCGACCUGGAGAUAAACAAAGUUCUACUCAGAUUUCGCCCAAGAAUGUUCCAAGUUCCACUCAAAUUUCGCCCAAGGAUGUUCCAAGGUCCACUCACAUUUCGCCAAAGGAUCAAUCGACAUACCGUUCCGAGAAAUCGAUCACUCUGUCAGACACUUCGAAGGACGUGCAGACCUCUGAAUUCGUCACUUCCACCACUCUUGAACGUACACUCGUGUCAGACUCGGAAGUUUUGGACUCGAAUAAAUUUUCUACCACGGUUACACAUCAAGUGGAGGACAAAAGGCGUCCCAACGAACCAGAAAAAGGACCUCUUGAUAGAACUCCUGGAUCACCAACUCGACGACAGCCUGAAGAUGGAAGAAAAUCACCAGAGAAGCGACCUAAGAGUCCGGAAAAGAGCACGUUGGAUAGAUCGACGAGGCCAACGAAGCCUGGGGCUUCGACUUGGGACGGUUCCUUCGUUUAUGAGAAACCGCAGGAUCAGAGGAAGAAACCCACGGAUCAAGAGAAAAGACCAACUGAUCAAGGAAAAGGACCUAAAGAUUCUCCAGUUACAGAGAAACCGAAGGAUCAAGGAAAAGGACCUAAAGAUUCCCCAGGUACAGAGAAACCGAAGGAUCAGAGGAAGGGACCGAAAGAUUCCCCAGUUCUAGAGAAACCUAAAGAUCAAGGAAAGAGACCGAAGGAUUCUUCAAUUAUCGAGAAACCAAAAGAUAAGCCUUUUGUUCCAAAAGAGGACACCACACAUAUUUCUGUUAUAAAACACGACGUGAACGAUGUCAGGGAUAUCAAUGAUUCUACGGAUAUCGAGGUGAUCCAGCGGUCUUCUUACGUGAUCGAUCAGUCGUCCAGCUUCACCUCUGUGCAAGACGUUCGGGACGUGGUGGAGGAACGUGUCAUCAGCGAAUUUACAACGGACGCACGUAAAGACGUGAGAGAUGUCACUAGAUCAACGACCGAAUUCAUCGACAAAGAGCAGGUGACUAGUAUGGUAGCGCGGGAUGUCGUCGACGACACCCAGCUCAACAAGUUCAUCGGCUCGGUCCCGAAAUCGCCGGCGGAUUCACCGCGGAAGACCUCGCCGGAGAGGCCAGGUUAUCCGCGUGGAAUCCCUGGACUCAGAGAAGACAAUCGACCGAAACCGAUUCCAGCCGCUGGAAAACCGAGUCGACCACCCCAACGGGACGACAGUCCCAAAAGAACAACCACUAGACCACAAUCGCCGGAAAAGCCGCGCGAUUAUGUCUCGCCCACGUGGAAACCGUUACCAGCGGCGGGAAAACCGAGUCGGCCCGAGGAACGACCGGCACCCGGAAAAUCAUCUCGACCGGUGGAAACGACCGGGAAACCUGGUCAUCCGGCCGACAAACCGAAAAGGGGUGACCAGACUCCCGACUCCCUCGACGAAGACGACGCUCAGCCUGGAAAGUUGCCUGACAUCCUGUCGAAGAUUCCAUUGAAGGAGCAGUGUAUCUGCGAACUAUGCACCUGCGGACAGCAUCGUUGUCCCCAUAAUCUGCCCCAGGAUCAGCUGGAGUUUCCACGGGAGCCUAUACACGCGGUAACAUCGUAUCGCGAGGAGUACGACGAGAAACACGUCGACAGACAGACGAUCCGCCAUCAUGAGGAUCAUCUGCGGAUGGAGGGUGAGUUCGUCGGCGAGAGACGAACUGAUUACGUGGCGACGAGGGGCGAGAGGGCACCGGUUAGGAGACCACAGGAUAACCUCAGACCUGAAGGAGCAUUCGACAGCACGACCACCACGGAGCUGGUGUUCACCGGUAUGCCCGGCGAACGUCCGAGCCCGGUACGUCGUAACACGUACACGAAGGUCGAGGGUGAAUUUAUGGACGCUACUACCACGAGGUCAGAGUAUAUCGACCAUCGGACCGUGCAACGUGCCGAGAUCAUCAAACGAACGGACAACCUCACGGUGGGAGAGGGUGAAUUCACGGGUACCUCUCACGUCAAGGAGGAUUUCCACGGUUACGACACGAUCGAACGACAGCCUCGACGCAGGCUAGCCUACACGGACGAGGAGGAUCGUUUCUAUAGCAGGACCGACGAUCUGGAGCAAACCACGACCACACAGGAACAGUAUCGUAAUUUCGAUCAGACGGAUUACAGAAGCACCACGGUGAUCAGACGGGACGACAACUUGAGGCCGGAGGGACCGUUCGAAGGUGUGCCGCGCACGAAAGACGACUACGUCGUUCCGGCGUUGACCAGGCGACCGGAACCGCAGAAACCCAAGGAUAAUUUACGACCGGAGGGAUCAUUCGAAGGAAGGCCUAAGGACGAUUAUAAACCGACCAGGGGGGAACGGGCGGACGUCAAAAGGCCGCAGGAUAAUCUCAGGCCGGAAGGUCCGUUCGAGGGCAGGCCGAAAGACGAUUUCUCGCCGAAACGCGGAGAACGUCCGGAAGUUAAACGUCCCGAGGACAACUUGAGGCCGGAAGGAACGUUCGAAGGCCGGCCUAAGGACGACUUUACACCGAAAACAGCCGAACGUCCCGAAGUAAAGAGACCGCAGGAUAAUUUGAGACCUGAAGGACCGUUUGAAGGACGCCCGAAGGACGACUUCAUGCCCAAGCGUGGAGAACGUCCAGAGGUUAAAAGACCCGAGGAUAAUCUCAAGCCUGAAGGGCCAUUCGAAGGCCGACCGAAAGAUGAUUACAUGCCAACCAGAGGAGAAAGAGCUGAUGUUAAAAGACCACAGGAUAACUUGAAACCCGAAGGAUUGUUCGAGGGCAGGCCGAAAGACGAUUUUUCACCUAAACGUGGCGAACGUCCGGAAGUGAAACGUCCAGAAGAUAAUCUGAGACCAGAGGGCCCAUUCGAAGGUCGACCGAAGGACGAUUUCACUCCUAAGAGAGCUGAACGUCCAGAAGUGAAGAGACCGCAAGAUAAUCUGAGACCAGAGGGGCCAUUCGAAGGUCGUCCGAAGGACGACUUCACACCGAAGACUGCUGAACGUCCGGAGGUGAGAAGGCCUCAGGAUAACCUUCGUCCUGAAGGUGAAUUCGUGGAUCGACCUAGGGAAGAGUACACGCCUGGAGAGAAGCGUACACCAAUCAGACAUCCGGAUAACUUGUAUCCCGAGGGCGAGUUCGAAAGACCGAGGGCCAUGCCCUAUGGACCAGGCGAAAGGGCGCCUAUCGUCCGUCAUCCUGAUAAUUUGUUCCCCGAAGGUGAUUUUCCGGACAGAGAACGUGCACCAUUCACACCUGCGGAGCGUAGAACGCCGAUCAAACACGGCGACAACCUUCGUCCUGAAGGACCCUUCGAAGGACGUCCCAAGGACGAUUACGGGCCGACAAAAGGGGAGCGCGCGGAUGUGAGACGUCCAGAGGACAAUUUGAAACCCGAAGGACCAUUCGAGGGCAGGCCUAAAGAUGACUUUUCACCGAAGAGGGCAGAACGUCCGGAAGUGAAGAGACCACAGGACAAUCUACGUCCUGAGGGACAGUUCGAGGUACCAGAGAAGCCUGUGAUAGGUCCUGCGGAGAGACGUACACCGAUUAAACAUCCUGAUAACCUUCGGCCCGAAGGUGACUUCGAGAGGCCCGAUCACGAGAAGUAUCGACCUGCAGAGAGGCCAGAAGUGAAGAAGCCCAAGGAUAACCUGAAACCAGAAGGCGAAUUUGAGCGUCCUCGUCCGGAGACAGUUGGUCCAGCUGAAAGAAGGACUCCUAUUAAACAUCCGGACAAUCUCAAACCGGAAGGUGAAUUCGUUGGCAAGCCUAAGGAUGAUUUUAGUCCCACCAAAGGUGACAGAGCGGUGGUUAAAAGGCCAGAGGAUAAUCUGAGGCCGGAAGGUCCAUUCGAAGGUAGACCCAAGGAUGAUUAUCAACCUGUUCGUGGUGAUCGAGUCGAAAUCGUGAAACGUACCGAUAACCUUCGAAUGGAGGGAGACAUCGAGACUUACAGGUCCAGGGACGACUACACUCAAUUCCUGAUCCACGAGAGGGCCGAGGUGACCAAGUAUCAGGAUAAUCUUCGCAUGGAGGGCGAGUUCACCGACGUCAGAACCAGGGAUGAUUUUAAGGUGGUCAGAGGUGAACGCGUUGAUAUCGUGAAACAUCUUGAUAAUCUGAAACCGGAAGGUCCAUUCGAAGGUCGUCCAAAGGACGAUUACUUGCCCAAGAGAGCCGAAAGACCAGAAAUUAAGAGACCUGAGGAUAACUUGAGGCCGGAGGGAGAAUUCGAGAGACCGAAACCGCAAGAGUUUAAGCCCGCCGAUAGACCAGUAGUGAUAAGACCAAAAGAUAACCUGAAACCGGAAGGCGAUUUUGUUGGACGUCCGAAGGAGGAAGUUCCGAAGAGAGGCGAGAGGGCGGACAUAAAGAAACCGAAGGACAAUCUUUAUCCUGAAGGUGAGAUGGAAAUGCCAGAAAAGAAACCGUUUGGUCCUGCUGAGAGGAGAACACCAAUUAAACAUUCAGAUAAGUUGCGACCGGAAGGGGACUUUGAACGCCCACGACCUGAUGAAUUCAGGCCUGCUGAGAGGCCAAUUGUCAAGAGACCACAGGAUAAUCUUUAUCCUGAAGGUGAGAUGGAAAUGCCAGAAAAGAAACCGUUUGGUCCUGCUGAGAGGAGAACACCAAUUAAACAUUCAGAUAAGUUGCGACCGGAAGGGGACUUUGAACGCCCACGACCUGAUGAAUUCAGGCCUGCUGAGAGGCCAAUUGUCAAGAGACCACAGGAUAAUCUUUAUCCUGAAGGUGAGAUGGAAAUGCCAGAAAAGAAACCGUUUGGUCCUGCUGAGAGGAGAACACCAAUUAAACAUUCAGAUAAGUUGCGACCGGAAGGGGACUUUGAACGCCCACGACCUGAUGAAUUCAGGCCUGCUGAGAGGCCAAUUGUCAAGAGACCACAGGAUAAUCUUUAUCCUGAAGGUGAGAUGGAAAUGCCAGAAAAGAAACCGUUUGGUCCUGCUGAGAGGAGAACACCAAUUAAACAUUCAGAUAAUUUGCGACCGGAAGGGGACUUCGAAAGGCCACUACCUAAUGAAUUCAGACCAGCCGAGAGGCCAGUGGUCAAGAAGCCUCAAGACAAUCUGAAGCCUGAAGGAGAUUUUGUUGGACGACCAAGAGAACUGGCGCCAACUAGAGGCGAUAGAGCUGACGUUAAAAGACCCGAGGACAAUUUGAGACCAGAAGGAACAUUCGACAGGCCAGAAAAGAAGCCUUACGGUCCAGCCGAGAGACGUACUCCUAUUAAACAUCCUGAUAACUUAAAACCCGAAGGAGAUUUCGAGAGACCCGAAUACGAACAGUAUCGACCAGCCGAGAGACCAGAGGUCAAGAAGCCCAAAGACAAUCUGAAGCCUGAAGGGGAGUUCGAAAGGCCUCAGUCGGAGCACAUUGGUCCAGCUGAGAGGAGGUCGCCCAUCAAACAUCCGGACAACUUGAAAAUCGAGGGUGACUUCGUUCGUAAACCAAGACAGGAAGCUCCCAAACGCGGUGAACGUGCAGAUGUGAAGAGACCUCAGGACAAUCUACGUCCAGAGGGUGAAUUCGAGCGUCCAGAAAAGUCUCCGGUCAGGCCUGCCGAGAAGAGGACACCCAUCAAGCAUCCCGACAACCUCAAGCCGGAAGGUGAGUUCGUCGGGAGACCAAAGGACGAUUACAAACCAACUAGAGGCGAACGUGCCGAUGUUAAGAAGCCGGAGGACAAUUUGAAGCCCGAAGGACCGUUCGAAGGUCGACCCAGGAACGAUUUUGUUUGCGUUCGUGGCGAACGAGUGGAUAUCGUGAAACGGACGGAUAAUCUACGAAUGGAGGGUGAGUUCACGGACACAAGAACAAGGGAUGAUUUCAAGGUAGUAAGAGGCGAAAGGGUGGAAGUGGUCAGGCAUCAAGAUAACUUGAGACCAGAAGGUCCGUUCGAAGGACGUCCCAAGGACGAUUACACGCCGAAGAGGGCGGAAAGGCCAGAAAUGAAGAGACCAGAGGAUAACUUGAAGCCUGAAGGGGAAUUCGAGAGGCCAGAAAAGAAACCUGUUGGCCCAGCGGAGAGACGUUCGCCGAUCAAGCACGACGACAAUCUGAAGCCUGAGGGUGAAUUCAUGGGUCGGCCGAAGGAGCAAGCGCCGAAGAAGGGUGAAAGGGCGGAUGUCAAGAAGCCCAAAGACAAUCUGAAACCAGAGGGUACCUUCGAGAGACCUGAAAAGAAACCUUUCGGUCCUGCAGAGAGAAGGAGUCCUAUCAAACAUCCUGACAACCUUCGUCCGGAGGGAGACUUCGUUGGACGCCCGAAAGAAGAGACGCCCACCAAGGGCGAAAGGGCGGACGUGAAACGUCCAGAGGACAAUCUAAGACCAGAAGGUCCGUUCGAGGGAAGACCCAAGGAUGACUUCACCCCGAAGAGAGCGGAACGUCCAGAAGUACGAAAACCGCAGGACAAUUUACGUCCUGAAGGUGAGUUCGAGAGACCUCAGAAGUCUCCAGUUGGUCCCGCUGAAAGGAGAACGCCUAUUCGCCACGAAGAUAACCUUCAUCCUGAGGGAGAGUUCGCGGGACGACCUAAAGACGACUUCAGCCCCAAGAGAACCGAUAGGCCGGUUCAGAAGAAGCCCAAGGACAAUCUGAAGCCGGAGGGUGAGUUCGUUGGCAAACCGAGGGAUGAUUACAAACCCACCAGAGGCGAGAGGACGGAGAUAGUGGUUCACAGGGACAACUUGAAGAUGGAGGGCGAAAUUGACGUUCAUCGAUCCAGGGACGAUUACAAGACCGUGACGAAGAUCGAGCGCGUGGAUGUCGUUCGUCGAGAGGAUAACCUCCGGAUGGAGGGUGAGUUCGUGGAUAUUAAAAGGCGUGACGACUACAGGGUGACUCGUGGAGAACGCAGCGAGAUAGUCAAACACGAGGACAACCUUCGACUGGAAGGAGACUUCGAAAGACCAGAUAAGUCCCCGGUGGGCCCAGCGGAGAGAAGAUCGCCGAUCAAGCAUCCUGAUAAUCUGAAGCUCGAGGGACAGUUCGCGCAAAGGCCCAAGGCACCGACACCCACGAAGGGCGACAGGGCAGCGGUUAAGAAGCCGAAGGACAACCUUCGUCCGGAGGGUGACUUCGAGAGGCCAGAGAAGUCCCCGGUUGGCCCAGCGGAGAGAAGAAGUCCUAUUAAACAUCCUGAUAAUUUGUAUCCGGAAGGUGACUUCGUUGGAAGACCCAGACAGGAGAUUCCGACUAAAGGUGAACGCGCCGACGUGAAGAGACCGAAGGAUAAUCUUCACCCUGAAGGCGAAUUUGCCAAGAGGACGCCUCAGAAGGUUGGUCCAGCUGAGAGACGAACUCCUAUUCGACACGAGGACAAUCUUCACCCAGAGGGAGACUUCUACAUGUCGCCUAAAGAUGAUUUCACCCCGAAGAGGGGCGACAGGGCGCCACUCAAGAAGCCUCAGGAUAAUCUUCGACCGGAAGGCGAAAUGGAUGUCAGCCCAUCGUCCAAGGACGAUUACAGAUACGUGAACGGAGAACGAGUGGAGGUCCGUCGUCACGAGGAUAAUCUGAGGAUGGAGGGUGAGAUUGACGUUCGACGAUCCAGGGACGAUUACAAGAAAAUCACGAAAGUCGAGAGGGUGGACAUAAGGAAACGGGAAGAUAAUCUGAAGAUCGAGGGCGAGUUCAUCGAUGUUCGUCGUAGGGACGAUUAUACACACGUGGUAGGUGAAAGGAUACCUGUGAAGAAGCAUCCUGAUAAUCUACGUCCGGAGGGAGAGUUCGAGAGACCCCAUAAGUCUCCUCUGGGGCCUGGAGAAAGGAGAACGCCUAUCAGACAUCCGGAUAACCUGAGACCAGAGGGCGAUUUCGAACGCAGAAGCCCGGAGAAGGUUGGCCCGGUUGAACGUCGAUCGCCCAUUCGUCACUCCGAUAACUUGAAACCAGAGGGAGACUUCGUUGGAAGACCUCGCGACGAUUUCACGCCUAAGAGGGGCGAGAGGGCCGAAGUGGUUCGUCGGGAGGAUAAUCUGAAGAUGACCGGCGAUUUCCAAGACACCACGUCCCAGAGAUCCACGUAUACCGUGGUCCGUGGUGAACGAGCCGAGAUCAAGCGUCACGAGGACAACCUGAAGGUCAGCACAGGCACCAUGGAAACUAAGACCACCAACAGGGACACGUUCGCACCUACCAAGAAGGAAGAUUCUCCAACUAGUAGGACAGUCAGCCGUAGACGUCACAUGGAGUCCUCGAUCACUUUAGGGGACGACAAUACAACGAUGUCUACAACCACUCAAAGGAACUACAACACAUUUACCAAACGCACUGCCAAGGAAGUAGCCGCCAAGAUCAGCAGCAUGGAAUCCGACACCAGACGAAGCAUCUCCACAGAAUCAAAGACCCUCGAGAACGGAACAACGGUUACAACUAUAAAGAAAACCGCCACUUCAGCCCAGACAGGUGAAAGGGUCUCAUCAGCUCAAAACGUUCAACACCAUGCUCAACACAUCACAUCGGAUCAUCACGCUAUCCACCCGUCCGAUGGUCCCCAUCCAGACUCUAGAAAACAUCUGACAAGUCAGCAAUACACGAACGAACACCACCAGAGACUGCACACGAGCGAUCAGCAACACCUUAGGUCCCAGAACCUGACUCAGUCUCGACGUCUGGUGGACGACAGAUCGAUCACGGACAACCAGAGCCAUCGUGAUCACACGAUCGAUCAGAAUCAGAGACAGCUCGACAGACAGCAUCAAGAUUCCACCAAGAGGGAUUACGUGAACACCCAACACAUGGACUCGAGACAGUCCACCAGACAGAAGCAGCUACACGAGCAGCACACACUUUCUACUCAGGCUCGCUACAACUCCAGCCAGUCAAGCAGCGCGGAGUUCAGGCAAGCGAUUAGCGGUCAAUCGAUCGAGAGGUCUCAAAUGGACUCAGCUGUCACGAAGACCAGCCAUCACAGGAAGAACGUGAUAUCAUCCUCGUCCGCUGACGUUAACAAUUCAGUGCUCCACAGACGUGGGGUGACAACAUCCACAGAAGCUCUGCACACAAUCUCCUCGACAGCUGCCGAUCAGAAGAAGAGCCUCUCGAACCUCGCGGAGAGCGGUCAGUACAUCAGCAACUCGAGUCAGAGCAGCGACAGGAAGAGUCUAACCUCGAAGCACAGAAGCAACAGGGAUGGUAACCCCUGGGCCUCGUCCACCUACGAGCGUCCUCAGAGAAUCGUCAGACAGGAUAAUCUGACAGUUGGUGGGAAGUUCUAUUCGCACAGUGAGGCGAAAAGCUACGGGAACUUUAGCACCCAGAAGGUCGAAAGAGUCCAGAGGCAGUCGAAUGUGUCGCACAUCAGUCUAGGCGAUGGGUCUAACGUCACGUCGAGCAUGUACAAAAGGGAAUACGCGCCCAGACACAAAGGACCCUGUCCUGCUACCCUUUUGGAAGCGAAACAGGCGCCUUUUAAGCACACCAGGGACACGCCCAAGCACAAGUUCUACAUGCCAGUCGUUUCGAAUUAAAAUUCGAACCUGAAAACGGAUCGGGGCACCUGGAAUAUGGACACGUA